CAAGCCAAGCCUGAAGCCUGAGCGCAAGGAGCCAGGAGGAAGGAAGCAUGGUGGCGAGAAGGAGACGGUUAGGCCAACCGUUUGUAUCCUCCAGCUUCACGCACCUCUCCCCCCACUCUACUCUUGGCGCCAAAGCAAAGCCGUUAGAUUAUUGGUCACCAUCUCGAACCCAACCCGCGCCGCGCUCUCGGUCCCUCCCCACCAUUUAUCCUUCCCGAAGAAAACAAUCGCGCCAUGCCAAUGCGCCUCGCCGCGCCGCGCCGCACCGCCCUCCCCCCACGUCCGGCAUUGCGUCUCAGCGAUGCGGCCGCCUUCCUCCUCCUCCUCCUCUUCGUCGUCUCCAGCCGCGGUUCCGGAGCCCGGCGGCCGGAUGUCCGCGCUCACGAUGCGCGCGGUGGCGCGGAUGUCGAGGGCGCGGUGGUUCGUCUUCCUGCGCCGGGUGUACCAGUACCAGAACGGCCCGAGGUCUGACCUGGGCUCCAACCCGUUCAACUCGCCCGGCUGGCUCGCGCUCGAGCUCGGCGUGAUCGUCGCGCAGGUGGUCCUGACCACCGCCGUCGUCGCAACAUCCGCCGCGGAGCGACCCGCGUGGCCGCUCCGGCUGUGGGUCGCGGCCUACAACGUCGGCAACGUGCUCAGCCUACCCCUCCUAUACUGGCGGCACCGCCAUUCCUCCUCCUCCUCCUCCGCCGGCGGCGGCCGGGGCGACCUCGAGAUGCACGGCGCCAAUGACGCUCCGGGGAACAGGUCGUAUCUGAUGAACAAGGCGCGGGCGUUCCUGGAGCUCUUCUUCGCGAUGUGGUUCGUGAUGGGCAACGUGUGGGUGUUCGACGCGCGGCUGGGGUCGUUCCAGCGCGCGCCGAGGCUGUACGCGCUCUGCGUCAGCCUGCUGGCCUGGAACGCCGUCGUCUACUCGCUCCCGUUCCUCCUCUUCCUCCUGCUCUGCUGCUUCGUGCCCGCGGUCGGCUACGCGCUCGGCUACAACAUGAACUCGGCCUCCGUCGGCCGCGGCGCCUCCGACGAGCAGCUCGCCGCGCUGCCGCGGUGGCGGUUCAAGGAGCCCGACGUGGCAAGGGACCGGGAGCGCGAUGACCAGGAGUGCUGCAUCUGCCUUGCGCAGUACGGGGAGAAGGAGGAGGUUCGGCAGCUGCCGUGCACGCACGUGUUCCACCUCAAGUGCGUGGACAGGUGGCUCAGGAUCAUCUCCUCUUGCCCUCUCUGCAAGCAAGAGCUCAAGUGACUGAUGCCUACUCCGCUCCUACAGAGAGAUGUGGGUGUAUUCUCCCUCCCUUACUCUGACUGCGCCUGCCGAUCAGCCACACCUACUACAUAUAUACCACGACGACCGCCGGACGAUGCGUGCGUCGCACCUCUCGCGAGGAUCUCUCGGCGGGCCCGUGCUGACCUCUAGUAGACGCUGACAAAUGAUGUGCAGCAGGCGGCAGGUGAAUUCGGUACCUUUUUUUUUUGUCUAGACUAGAUCAAAUGGGAAUUGUGUAAACAAAAAGGUCUCUUUUUUUUUAUGUAUGUAACAAUGUGUUGUGCGCCCUUGCUUCAUUCAAGACUGAAUGCAUACUUUUCUUUGUGCUA